UUUAGCUGCCGUCAGAAAACGUUUGGUUUGGAAUAAAUUGUUCAAAAUGUCGAACGAAACCGAUUUAGAUGAAUUGAGCAUUUUAAAAAACGGCUAUGAACGCUUUUUGAGCAGUCCGGGUGAUUUAGCAAAUUGUGAAAAUGCAAUAAUUACAGUUAGACGUGCCCAGCAGAUUAUCACACAAAAAAAGAAUAAAAUUAAAGUGAGCUUAUCGCAAGAGCAAAUUUUGAAUCAAACGAAUCGAUAUCCAUCGAGCAUGAUGAAACGUUCACAAUCAACUAAUAUUCAAAAAACGUUAGCAUCAUCGAAUAGCAUAGUUCGAUCAAAUCGUGUUAACUUGAUACGACCGUCAUUAAUACCGGUAAAAAUAAAGGAUCAAUCAAAAUUACGCGCACUCACAUUGUCACCGAAUCAAAAAUCACCCGAUUCAAGUCAGGAUGCUUCAAAAUAUCGAUCGUUUCGCAAGAUGAGUGCUCCAAUCGAAAGACGAAAUUAUGUGUCACAUCAGGAAUCCACAUUAUCAUCUCUGCCAUUGACAAUGACACAAUCCUUGGAUUUGCGAAAUGAUCAUGAUGAUCGCCUUGAUUUGUUGGAUAAAUUUAAAUGCAGAAUUUGUUUCAAUAUAAUAAGAAACUCACGUGUAUUAAAUUGUUUGCAUACAUUUUGUAUGGAAUGUCUAUAUAGCAUUGAAAAUUCAAUUCAACCAAAAACAACACCAAAUAAAUUAAAUCCAAAUGCACGUUCGAAUAGCUUUGAAAAAACAGAAAUGAAUUGUUCUCAUGAAUUCAAAGAAAGUGAUCGACAAUUAAUGUCAUCAUCUAUGUCGAAUAAGCCAAUUAGAAAACCAUUUUCAACGACAUUGAAAAAACGAUCCGUCGAACUGAAACAACAACAAAAAACGAAAUCUGUACCACAACAGAAGCGUCCACCGAGCUUAAUUACGGAAAAGGGAAGAGUUUCAUUGAAAUGUCCAUUAUGUUUAUUACGAACGGAAAUUCCAAUUGGUGGCGUGAGUCGAGUGCCAAAAAAUUUUCUACUCGAAAGACAAUUGCAAGAUGAAAUCUACAAAAUUUGUUUGAAAAAUGAAAAUUGUAACCAAUGUUAUGAUGAAAUUAAGGCACAUGCGUAUUGUUUAAACUGUGACAUUAAUUUAUGUAAUGUUUGCCAAGGAGUCCAUAUGCGUCAAAGAUGGACAUCGAAACAUAUGGUAAUUUCAUUGCCAGAUAUAAAAAAAGAAAAACACCAGGGAUUGCAAACAUCAUUGAAGUGUUUCGUUCAUCCAACACAAGAUCUAAAGCUAUACUGUAUCAAUUGUAAUAUUGUUGCUUGUCAAAAUUGUACCAUAUUACUUCACAAGGGACACAAGUUUGAAUCGAUUGAGAGAGCAAAACAACAUAUAAUCAAGAAAUUCAGUGAAUCUGUUGAACAAAAUCAAAGAUAUCACGACUUUGUGAAUGAGUCUAUAUCUAAAUUGAAUGGAGCGAUUGUAAAGAUAAAUGAUAAAGCAGAGAUUGUAAAGAUGGAGAUUGAAAUAUUUUUCAAAGACUACAUCGAGGCGAUAGAGGGUCAUAAAGAAUCACUGUUGCAGCAAAUCAUUAAAGCUAAAGAAUCGAAGUCAUUUUCGGUAAUGGAUCAACAAGAAUAUUUGGAAAAGCGGGUACUAGAAACUAAACAAGCGAAUCAAUUCGCUAAAAAUCUCCUUGAAAAUGGGAGUGACAUUGAAAUAUUAACAUUUAUCGGUGUAUUACAAAAUCGUUUUGAAUUUUGUCAAACACCGAGAAUACGGUCAGAACCAAAAAUUUCGAAUUCUUUUCAAUUCCUACGAGAUAUUCGGGCUCCGAUAACAUCUCAACAAAACAACAUUCCAGUGUAUGGUGUUCUUUCCAUAGAAGACAUCACAGCAAUGAAAUCCCUACUACCGUGCUAGAUGGUGUCGACACGAGUGGACAGAUUUUUAAAUUUAUUUGAACGACGCCAUGUUAUUAUACUUGUCCAU